ACUAAUACUCCUGCGGCUCCCACAGCUCCUGCUCCUCAGUAGCAGCGCAGUUCACGUGGAGAACACAACUAUGAGAGAGUGGCUAGCAUGCACAGACAUUAAAUGUAACUAAAUGGCGCUUGUCAAAAGGAAAUUAUAUCAGCGGUUGCUGUUCUUUGUGGUUUUCCUUCCAAUCUCAGGUGUUUUAUGCUUUAGCGAGUUAUUUUUCAUCAAAGAGCCCCAUGAUGUCACUGUCAUACGGAGAGAAGCUGUUGUUUUGGACUGUCAGGCGCACGGAGAGUCACCUAUCAACGUUAGAUGGCUCAAGAACGGAGUGAAAGUGUUGGAGAACGAACGGGUGUACCUGCUCUCCAAUGGCUCCCUUUAUAUUUCAGAGGUGGAGAGCAGAAGAGGAGACAAAUCAGAUGAGGGGCUCUAUCAGUGCCUUGCUCAGAACAAAUACGGCGCAAUCCUGAGCCAGAAAGCCCGUCUUACAAUCGCAAGUAUGUCAGCUUUUGCAAUCCAGCCAACGUCCAUAGUGGUGACUGAAGGCUCAGUCGCCAGGUUUUCCUGCAAAAUCAGUGCACACCCUCCUUCCAUCAUCACUUGGGAGUUCAAUCGGGUCACAUUACCCCUUGCCACUGAAAGAAUCACAGUCCUGCCCAGUGGUGUUCUUCAGAUCCAUGGGGUGCAGCGGGCAGAUGCUGGAAAUUACCGCUGCAUCGUCACCAACAUUGCCAGCCGCCGCCGAAGCACCGAGGCCACCCUCACUGUCACCCCAGCUCCUACGCCCUAUCCUCCCCAGAGGCCACGCAUCAUUGCCGGGCCACAAAACAUUUCAGUGUCGCUGCACCAGAGUGCCAUCCUGGAGUGCAUGGCCACAGGCAAUCCCCGACCCAUCAUCUCCUGGAGCAGAGCGGACAGCAAGUCUAUUGAUGUCUACAACACAAAAGUGUUAGGAAAUGGCAACCUCAUUAUCACAGAUAUCAGCCUUCAGCAUAGAGGACUCUAUAUGUGCAGAGCUACCACUCCUGGCACACGAAACUAUACAGUUGCUUCAGCCAAUAUUACAGUGUUAGCCCCACCUUCCUUGGUUGAGUGGCCAGAGAGCCUGACCCGUCCACGUGCUGGCACCGCCCGCUUUGUCUGUCAAGCUGAAGGAGUUCCAACGCCUGAAAUCAAUUGGUUCAAAAAUGGAGAGAAAAUUCAAUCCAAUGGUCGAAUUAAGAUGUACAACAGCAAACUGGUCAUCAACCAGAUCAUCCCUGAGGACGAUGCCAUCUAUCAGUGCCAGGCAGAGAACGAGCAGGGGUCGGUCCUCUACAUGGCGAGGCUCAUUGUGGUGAUGUCUGAGGAUCGGCCGAGCGCUCCCAGGAAUCUCCGAGCUGACACCGUGUCAAGCUCCGCCAUCCUUUUGGCUUGGGAGAGGCCUCAGUACAACUCAGAUAAAGUUAUUGCUUACUCAGUGCACUACAUGAAGGCUGAAGGAUUAAACAAUGAGGAAUAUCAAGUUGUCAUUGGAAAUGAUACAACUCGCUACAUUAUUGAUGACCUGGAGCCGGCUCGCAACUACACCUUCUACGUGGUGGCCUACAUGCCCAUGGGAGCCAGUCGUAUGUCGGACAAUGUGUUCCAGUACACGCUUGAGGAUGUUCCACUCCGCGCCCCAGAACUCAGCCUCACCAGCCGCAGUCCAAUGGACAUCCAGGUGUGUUGGCAGCCCCUCACAGGCAAGCUGAGUCGUGGCAGAGUCUCCGCCUACCGUUUGUCCUAUCGCACUAGUGCUGAAAAUACAGUCUCACAGAUAGAGCUACCUGCAGACAAGACCCAGUAUCUCUUGGAAAACCUGCAGCCUGACACCAUCUACCUCCUGCGUAUUGUUGCCGCCACCAGCGUUGGGUGGGGUGAGCAGUCUGCCUGGACGUCCCACCGCACUCCAAAGGCAUCCAGUGCUCGAGUACCGAUGGCUCCCGAGCUGCACUUGGAGCCUUUAAACUGCACCACUAUCUUGGCACACUGGCAGUUGGCACCUAGGAACUCAGUCAGUGUUCAAGGCUACAGACUCUUUUACCAUGAGGAGAGCCAGUCAGAGAGGGCCCCGCUCCAGCUGCGUGCCUUGGAUAAUACAUACACCAUUGGAGGCCUUGACCCGAGGAAGAAGUACCAUGUUAAGCUCCUGGCUUAUAAUUUUGUCGGCGAAGGCUACCAGGCAGACCAAACUAUCAGCACCCCUGGAUGUGUCUCUGUUAGAGAUCGCCUGGUGCCCCCUCCACCACCUCCACACAAUGUGUACACAAAGACCAACAGUUCGACCGCUGUGUUUCUGCACUGGGGUCGACCAGCCUUCACUUCCAGCCAUGUGGUCAACUACACCGUCCGCUGCAACCCAGUAGGCCUGCAGAACGCCUCCUUGGUGCUCUACCUGCAGACGAAUAAGCAGAGCCUCCUGGUGCGAGAUCUGGAGCCCAACACCAAGUAUGAAUUUGCCGUUCGCCUUCACAUUGACCAGCUGUCCAGCCCAUGGAGCCCUGUGGUUUAUCAGAGCACUUUACCUGAUGCUCCCACUCAGCCCCCUUUCAAUGUGAAAGUGACUUUAAUUGAAAAGGACACAGCGUUGGUUUCAUGGAAACCCCCAGAUGAACCCAAUGUAGCUGUGACACAUUACACCAUCCUGUACGCCUCCAGAAAUGCCUGGAAAGCCGGGGAAUGGCAAGUGCUGCAAAAAGAAGGAACCAUCACCAUGGCACUGCUGGAGAACCUGAAGCCUGGCCAGAUUUACUUUGUGAAAGUUUCCGCAUCCAACAACGUGGGUGAUGGGCCGUUUUCUCAAACGGUGGAGCUGACGGUCCGAGCAGAUCUCUCCUUUGGUCAUGAUCAACGACUCUCUCGUGGCUCCACACAGUCCACAGCCUUUUCUGAUGGCUUCUACCACCUGGACCAAAAGUCAAUGACAGGGAUUACUGUGGGAGUCUGCAUUGCUCUCAUCUGCAUCAUCAUCUGCGCUUUCAUCAUCAUCUGCAGAGGCAAAAACAGGAAAUUUUCAGCAGUUAAAACGCUCAGAGAAGGAGUGGACACAUCUGCAGGUCAUCUGGGCUCUCACGGACCAGCUGUGAACGCUGAUGGGAGCGUUCCGAUGAUGAGUGAAAACCAUUUCAUUGAUGCCAAGGGUGGAACAAAUCUCAUUAUCAAUUCUAUCGGCCCUGUUCAGCCCAGCACUGAGAAGAAAGAGAAAUGGUUUUCUUUCCGCGGUAAUGGGAAUAAGGACAGUAAAGCAGUGCAGAAUAUGAGACAAGGCACCGCCUCCUAUCAGCUCGGUACCACAGUGUUGACUUAUGAAGAGGAGCCCUCAAUGUCUCCAAACCAGCCCACCACUCUGCAGCCCCUGCUCUGGCGUCCCGGUGACUCGGAGGGCUCAUCCACCAGUGAGGGCAGCCAUGCCACCGGUGAUUCGGGUCGUUACUCUCAGGACGAGACAGAGAUGACCAACCUGUCUUCUGGUACGAGGAGCCGCCCUCCUUCUCUGACAGCAGAGGACAGCGGAGGCUCGGACUGCAGCGGUCUCCCUGAACAGUCAUUCCACCUGAUGAAGCAAAGUCAGAUUGACCUGAAGUUAAUGGAGUCCGUCGAGAACGGCUGCUGUCAUCAUGAUGCGCAGAGCAGUUCCACGUCUGCACUUUCUCUCCAAGUGUGUGUGUCCGAGUGUGUGUGAAACUGUGUGUGUGGGUGUGGGUGUGGGUGUGGGUGUGUGUGAGAAACUGUGUGUGUGUGAAGGCAAUGGUACACUUGCAAAAAACUGCUCUGAAGUAGAAAAACUGUUGUGUACUCAUUGCAGCUUCAUACUUUUUUGCUUAGUCACACUCACUUCUAGUGGAUAGUAAGCUGUGAAGAUUGAUGACACUCUCGUGGUAUCGAUCUUCUUAUCCAACUCUAGUGUACUCUACUUAAGCAUAUUUCCCAAAAUGUCAAACUAGUUUAUCUAUAUUUAUCUACGUCUGUUUAUCUAUGUAGCUGCCACCGACAGGAAACAAUAUUGACACUCAGAACAAUCAGAACACAUCAAAGCAUGAUAGAGAAGGGGAAAUGCAGAUUUAGUAAACUAUUUUAAAAAGCUCUUUACUCUGACUCAGCAAGUCAUAACAUAGGCAACAUAAACCUGCAGUUAUUUUCCGUUGCAAGUGUACUGCAGGCCUGAAUCUAAGUAUUAGAGACAGGUGUAAAGAAACAAGGAGAGACCUUUUUUUAACCUUAAUCCUGUUUUAAACACUAUGAACAGAAAGCCGAUAAAUGCCUUUUACAGUAUAAAAUGUUCGCAGGGAGGGGUCUUUUGAGUUCUUUUGCUUUUCUUUUUCAUUCAAUGAAUGUCUUUUUUUAUUUUCUCUUUAUGUGUGUAUGUCUAAAAAAAGAAAUAUCUCACCCACCAUGAAUGUUUUAAAAGAUUGUCGAAAAUGUGACCAAAAGUGACAUUUCUGACAUUAUUUAAGAGAGUUUAUCACUGGAGCGAAAGGGAAGUGUGAGUCCUAUUCACUGAUUAUCUACCUCGGUUUACUCCUGGUAAACUUCUUUUGUAUAUUUAAUAACUACUUAUACCUAUGUUAUGUGAUGGGCUGCUUCAGUUCCAUUGCAUUUGAUACUUCCUGAUGACUUUUCUUCUGAUUGUCAUCCAAUUUAGUUUUUUUCUCUUACUUUGUCCUAAUUUUACUGGAUGGUAAGGGCGCUGCAGCUCCCUCCUCUCGCUCCACCUGUUGUGUGGACUGAAGGAUGGUAAACACACAUACAGUUUUAUUUAUCUCCUCGGAUGUUGUUGAGGUACUGAGCCACUAUAAAUCAUAUUUUUGUUCAUUGUGUCCAUUAUUGAGUAAUGGAAUGAAAAGAUAACGAAUGUCUGCUUUUGUUUUGUAUGUCAAUUUGCAGCUGCCCUUGCUAUUCAUGUUUUAUACUACCUCGAUUAAGAAUUUUAUUUUUUGUCUUGUUUUCCUACACUCAGGGAACAAAGUUUAGUACAUAUGAAAAGUCAUGUAGUGUUACAUGUUAAACUGACAGGGUAUCUUCUCAGUACUAAACUAUUGUAGUGUGUAAUUGCCUAAUAGAAAAUGCGAUGAAUGUAUCUCCAUUAUGUGCCAGUAGCUCAGAUGUUUGUGCUGCCCUCCCUACAGAUGGAUACCUCCUCUGUAGUUUCUCCUUUCCUCACAGACUCUUUUUUCUAUUUUAUUUUUUUUAUUGACUUCUUCCUUUUUAUUUGUGUAGAGAUUCACACCAGAAGUGCUUGCAGGGGCGUGUCGGUACAGAAAAGCUUUAUAAUUGGCCUAAUGUGGGAAAGCAUCCCUCAGAUGUGUAAACCAAAGCCUAAUCUUUCUGAGGGAAAAGCUCCACGUGAGGAUGCAACACGUGAAGAAUGAUUGUAGUAAAAGCAAUAAAAGUGUUUAAUCAGAGUAGAAAGUGAAGAAUUGAAUGAACACAAAACUAUAUUUUUGUUAGAAGAUAAUGUACUACUGAGUACACGUUGUAGUUACCUUUGUUCCCAGUAUUUUUUUUCUGUAGCGUAGAUGAAGUUUAGCACUUGUCUGUCAAGUAGUUAUGUAUUAUCGGCCAAUGUGCAGCGGUGACUGACGCUAUUGCCCAAAGAGUUGUUUGCUACUUGAAUUUAUUUUAGUCUCUCAACUAAUCUCUUGCAUAAGGUUGCAAAAAAAUGUGAAAUAAUCAAAACACGUUAGACCAAAGAUGACAACGCAACCUUUGAGAUUAGUUGAGCUCUUCAAACAAAGCCUUGCAAGCCUUGCAUUAGUGGCCUUGACCUGCAACAAAAUGAGUGAAGAGAGUUGCGGGUUAAAACUCUGAGGAAGUGCCAGCAGGAUACACCGGCACUUAAUGAUGAUGGAGUGACAAUUAAUAUUCAAUUUUAUGCACACAAAGAAAAUUAUCCUGUCGCAGAGUUACUCAAACUGUUGCAAACAGAUGUCUGUACAUUGUAGGUGAAAAUGAUUAAAUACAGUAUAUUAUAUUGAGUAGUGUCUGUGUUGCAACAGAGCGGUCGUGUGUAAACGUGCACCCACCAACUUUUCACCUGAGUGAAAAUUAAUUUACAAAAGAAUUUAAAAGUUUGUAUUUGAGGGCUUUCCUCAAAUUUGACACAUGUAAAGUACUUUUUUUUAACAGGAAAUAUGUGUGAAGUAUUUAAAUCUAAUGCCUCGAUAUUGACAGUUGGAAGCUCUCAAAUGAUUUUAAUUUUAUUUAUAACAAAGAGUAGAAAGGUCAGUGGGUGCACAAAUGUUUUUCACAUUUCUGUAUUUUUAAUCAGAGGAUUCUGCGGAGGAUUCAAUCAUGGGAAAUUCUUCGGGAUGAAAAGUGACACAAUCAGUUUAACUUUCUUUUGAAAAGCAAACAAUGUAAACCAAAGAUAUUUUUAAAGGUCACCGUUGCAUAUUGGCAUAUUGACAAAGAUCUGUUUAAAAGCAUCCUAUCUUUGUGUGAAAUGUUGUCAUUUUCAGUGUUCUCAUACUCAUUUCACAACUGUUUGUGUCGUAAUAUGAGAAAGCAGGAUGAAAACUGUUUCGUAAUCAUCAUUCAUUUCCAUAAAAUCAAGUUUUCCUUUUUCUUUAUCUGUUGUCUUUCAACCUAAAAUUGAUUUUUUUUGUAGUCAUGUUGAUCAUGCUUUUGGAAAGUAAAAGAAGGAUAUACAUUUCCAUUUGAAUUUGAACCAUAAUGUAUUCAUAUAUCCUGUAUUAAUAGAGCUUUAAGGGCUCAAUCCAGAAUCUGAAAGAUAUAAGACACUGACUUGUUUGUUUUCAAGUCACAAUAAGUACAGACACACAUACACACCAAACUGCUGGAGUCAUACAGGUUCUGAAUUGGGCUUUUUGUAAGUCAUACAGGUACAUAAAAGCUAUCUCAGGUUUUUAGUUUUUACAUUUAUGUGAAAGGAGCAGAUGCAAGUAAAUUGCAUCUGCUCCUUUGUGUCUUUUAGAUUUAGGUCAAGAUUAUUAAAUAAAUAAUCCGUCUCAUUAAUGGUAUUAUGUUGGAAUUAUGUACCUAUCCAAGCAUGUGACUUUCAAGGAUAAAACACAGUCUUGUUUUCCCUUUUUGCAGAAAUGUUGUUUAUAUAAUGUCAGGGGGAGAGUUGCGGGUCAUUUACAGUCAAACUCAGGGGAACCCACAGCUGCUCCUCCUUAAAGAGAAAGCAGGUUUCAACUCUUGAAAAUGAAUGUACCUUUUUGUAAUUAUUAUGUUUUCUGAUAUUUUCUGUUAUGUUUUGUUGAACUUUGUCAGUUUGUCUUUGUCAGAAAAAUCCCUUGCAAUUAGGUUUUUUGCCAAAAAAAAUUUAGUGAGGAGAUUUUAGACAGCGGUUAAUUAUGUAUAACUCUGUCUCUCAAUUUCAAUAAAAGUCUAAAAAUUG